GAAGUGCUCACUCGAUAGACCAUCACCCAUAGAGUACGGGAGGUUCAUAAUAGAAUUCAGUUCUCAGGCCUCGUUUUUUUUUUUGGGUGCCGUUUUACUGUUCUGGCUCUUCACACACUUAUUCUAAUACACGAUAAGACUUACUUAUUUAUUACAAUGCAGGUGGAAGGCGAUUGGAAGGUGGCAGCCAACCUCAACCUCUUGCUUGGCAGCGAGCACCCACCGGCCCGCUUGGAGAAGCCGUUUCUCACACCGCAGCAGCGAGCCGCCGGCAGCUCCUCCACCGUCACAGUAGACGCGCGAAAUACGGCCAACUUCCGCAGCUCCUCGUAUUGCGGACUGCAGGAAAAGUCCACGCCGGCGGUUCGCAGAAAUGUGGUGGCGUACUACAAAGAUAUGCUGCGCCGCAUUCCGCUGUGGCGCGGCGCGAUCAAGAAGCAAGAGGCAGGGGAUGCGCCGCACUCUUUGGUGAAGCCGGAGCCGCCAGCGGAAGAGGAGCAGGGGGAGGUGAGAGGCGGUCCGGGGGACGACCAGAGCGGGUCCGCCGGCGCGACGCCGACCGUCGCUGUCCCUCUCUAUCGUGCGGUAGGGAUUCUCACGCAGGUGCAAGACCCCUCCACCGUCAGCGCCGCCACGCAGCAGGCGCCGUGGGAGUUUUACGUCGUCCGUGACCUCGAAGACGAAGACUGCUACGUACCGGCGCUACAGGCCAUGUCCCAGCAAACCACCCCUCUCACGGGCGCGUUCAUGCUGAUGCAGGAAGGCAACGCUAACUCAAGCAACGGCGCAUCAAGCCGUAGCCCCGGCAAGUUCAGUCACAGCGAGUCUCUCCGCGUGUCAGGGGGUGGCAUGACCGGGGUCAGCGUCGCCGGCGAGGAGACAACGGCCACCAAAGCAGAGGCGGACGAGGAAGCAGCGGCGCAGAAUGGCACCCGUCUUUCCCUCUACACGCGUCAAGUGGGCCAAUUCACUGGGCUGUACCCUGGCACGGCGGUGGGCGUCGUCGGCGAGCCAUUUCAGCGCAGCGCGCGUGGUGUGUUGACAGGCGUGCUCGUGCGCGAGUUUGUGCUGCCGGCACGGCCGUCACUUCCCUGGCGCGUGGAUCGCCCACUGUCGGCGUCUGCAGCGAUGCAAGGUCCUCAGAGUAAUCUGAACGGCAGCGAAAACACAAGCGGUGCACGAAUUCACUUCUGCAGUGGCCCUUUUCCUCGCCGCGACGUCGCUGGUCUCUUGCGGACGGUUACCCAGCAAGCGCUGCACCGCGGUGCUGAUGUGCUGAUCAUUGGAGGGCCUUUCAUCCCUCCCUUUGCGAACGAGUUUGAGCGCGGCUUGUUGCCCUCACUCGGCGCGACCUUUAAUGAGGUGACGGAGAGCUUCGUGGACACGCUGGAGGAGACGCUGAAGACUUACUACUCCACUCGCCCCUUGCUGCCGCACUUAAAGGUCCUGUUGGUGUCCCAUAGAGGCGACGUGACGCAGGUGCCCGUGCUGCCCACCACCAUGUACGCCAUCGCUGACACGGCGGACAUCCUCGUCCGCUCGAACCCGUGCCGGGUGUCGGUGAACGGCGUGCAUGUCAGCGUGUGCAAUGAGGACGUGGUGGGUGCAAUGCGGGACCGCAUGGUGGAGCGGUGGCCGACUGCGGAGGGCAGCCUGCGCCGCGUCGUCGAGGCGUUGGUGAAUGGCCGCCUCUACACCCCGCUGUACAGCUUCCCGGUGACGCUGGUGGACAUGAAGCACCUGCCGCACCUCCGCAUGGACUACGUCCCGCCACGCAAUGAGCUGCUCGACAUCGAUUCGACAGCCACGGUGGCGGCAACGUCGUCGCAGGCAGGGACGAAGGUACCUCGGGAGGGCCACGACGACGAGACUGUGUCUUCGCGCAGUUGGGACGCUGUGCUUCGCUUGUCGUCGUCCAGCGUCAGCAGCAACAAUGGAGUAACAAAAGCAGAGACGAAGCGUGUAAAGACGGAGUUGGUGGAGGAUGAGACAGGCGAAAGCCCUUCUGCGCCGAGUACCUCUCAUGCUAGUAACGGCAGCAACGGUAACAGCACCAGUAACGAGGAGUUAAUGCCACACAUUAUGUUUCUGCCGUCGACUCGACCCCAAUUCGCGGUCGUCACCCACCAGAAGGAAGAGGUAGAUGGGUCUGACUUGGACAACACGGCGAGUGCGACGGGUGUGUUAGUCGUCAAUCAGGAAGUGUGGUCCACCCGCUCUUCGCCAAAGUUCCAGCUUCGCGUGGCUGAGGUGACCAUCCCAAACACGGAACUCGUCCUGCGGCGCGGCGCCACUGCUGCCAACGGUGUGGCGUGCGGUGUACUGCACAUCUACGGUGCGUAG